GUGUGCGUGUGUCUGUGUCUGUGUCGACUGAGCUUUGGUGUUGGUGGUGCGUGUGUCUGUGUGUGUGUGAACGUGCGUCGGCGUCUAUGUGCGGCAAUGUAUUGGCUACCCUUGCCGUUCUGCCCCCUGGUGUGCCUGCUAUGCUUGUUAUUGAGAUUCGGCGAUUUGAACCACGGUACGGCAGCUCAAAGUGCCGGCAGCAAUAGGAAGGUCGCUGCAGGAUCUGAGGAAGGACGUCCGCUCAAUUUGCAGCAUAGGGCACAGACGCGUUCGGCGAACGGCAACAAGCAGCUAAACAACGCCCACCAAGUGCAUGGCGAUGAUUUAGCGGAUGAGCUGCAGCAUAAGGAGCAUAAGGAGCACGAGCAUGACCAGGACUAUAUCACGGGCUCCGAGUAUCCACCGCAUCGAGCAUCGCAUGAACACGAUCCGGAUCAUUUUGAUGACAAGCAUUACAGCCAGGUGUUUACAUUGGAUCCGCUGGUGCCGCUGAAGCCCAAUCUUGGAGCAGGAGUGGUGGCCAAUCCGAGUGCCGCCGGCGAUACGCCAAAGUUUCGCAACGCUGCUCAAGGCGGGCGCGGAGAUCUCUACGGCGUGCGUGAGUCCGACCGGCAGACGAAUGCGCGUGGACGCGAUGGCUUCAUAGCCGGCGCCAACAACAAGCAGAAGAGCUUUCGCCCGUUGCUAGUGCGCGUCGUGCAAGACGAUCCCGGCCAGCUGGCGGAGGCCAAUGUCCACGACGCGAGCAUAAACAGUGGCUGCCACAACACCUGCGAGGAGAAGCAGUGGCAAUGCGGCAACUGCCAGUGCAUUGAGGAGCACGGCAGAUGCAAUCGCGAGGUGCAGUGCACCGAUGGCAGCGAUGAGAACGGCUGCGAAAUUAUGGACGACAUGAUGUCGAAGCUGCAAAAGGAGUGCGAGCAAAGCGGCUUGCAUGUUAUGUGUCCGAAGACGUAUCGCUGCAUCAACAAGGAGUGGCUCUGCGACGGAGAUGACGACUGCGGCGACUACUCAGACGAAACGCACUGCGGCGCCAGGACAAACUGCACGGAGGAUCAAUUUGAGUGCAACAAUGGCUUCUGCAUACCGCGUCAGUGGCUGUGCGAUGGCGAGAACGACUGCAAGGACUUCUCGGACGAGGUGCAUUGCAAUCGCAGCAGCUGCACGGACGAGCAUUUCACUUGCAACGAUGGCUACUGCAUCUCAUUGGCUUUUCGGUGCGACGGCGAGCGCGACUGCGAUGACAAUUCUGACGAGCUCAAGUGCCCGGCGGUCAUAAACAGCUGUCCGGAGGGCGAGUUCAAGUGUCGCGGUGGCUUGGGUGGCGCCGGCGGUCCGAGCGGCCAGUGCAUUCUCAAUCGAUUCCGUUGCGAUGGUGACAACGACUGCGGCGAUUGGAGCGAUGAGGAAAAUUGCCAGCAGAAGCCAUCACAGUGCACAAGCAGCGAUUUUAAAUGCGCCGAUGGCAGCUGCAUACCCAAGCGUUGGAAAUGCGACAAGGAGCAGGACUGCGAUGGUGGCGAAGACGAGAACGACUGCGGCAAUAUGAGUCCCGAACAUCCCUUGACCUGUGGUCCCGACGAAUUCACUUGCCACAAUGGCCGCUGCAUUUUGCGCACCUGGCUAUGCGAUGGUUAUCCUGAUUGUUCAUCGGCCGAGGACGAGGUGGAUUGUCACCUGCAGUGCGAUCCUGGCCAAUUUUUAUGUCCCGCGAAAAGAAAUUUUACCAAUCUAAAUGCUGUUCUGUCACGAAACUUAAAAAAGAUCGAAAGCACGAAAGACAUUACAGCGAUAGUAAAGAAGCCAAAGAACUAUCGAAAAGCACGAAAGCAGAUGCAACACUAUGCAACACUAAUCUGCGUGCACCAAAAACAUGUUUGCGAUGGCCAAAACGACUGUCCCUUUGGCGAAGACGAGGUCAACUGUCCCGUGGAGCAAAAGUGCACCGAGCCGCGCCAGUGUGAACAGCUGUGCAUUAAGACGGCGCAGGGCAAGGAUGAGUGCGCUUGUCGCCUGGGCUAUCUCAUGCACGAGAACAAACGCAACUGCACCGACAUUGAUGAAUGCCAGUAUCUGACCAACCCGGUUUGCUCGCAGAAGUGCCACAAUACCCUCGGCUCAUUUGUGUGCUCCUGCGAACUGGGUUAUAUACUUCGACCGGACUUGCGCACAUGCAAGGCGCUGGGCGGUGCCAUGACGCUGCUCGUGGCCAAUCGUUGGGAUAUACGUCGAGUUACGUUGAGCAACAAUCGGUAUAUGGCGAUUGUGAAAGGCUUGCACAAUGCCAUCGCCCUUGACUUUCAUUACCGCAAGGGCUUGUUGUUUUGGUCCGACGUGUCCACCGAUGUCAUCAAGAUGGUUUAUGUGAACGGAACACGCGUGCGCGAUGUCAUCAAGUGGGGCUUGGAGUCGCCCACCGGCAUUGCAGUGGACUGGGUACAUGACCUGCUGUUCUGGACGGAUUCAGGCACGCGACGCGUUGAGGUAUCCAAUUUCCAAGGAAAUCUGCGCACUGUCAUUGCCUCUAGCGAUUUGGAUAAGCCGCGUGCUAUUGUUAUACAUCCUGGCGAGGCGUUGGCCUUCUGGAGUGACUGGGGACCCAAUCCAAAGAUUGAGCGCGCUCACAUGGACGGCUCGCAGCGACAGGUGAUCAUAUCGAAGGGCGUCACUUGGCCCAAUGGCCUGGCCAUUGACUUUCCCAAUGGCAAGCUUUAUUGGGCCGAUGCUAAGCAGCACGCCAUCGAAUGCUCCAACCUGGAUGGCAGCGAGCGCACCAAAGUGCUCAGCACUCAUUUGCCUCAUCCUUUUGCGCUGACCAUAUUCGAGGACACCAUGUACUGGACAGACUGGAAUACGAAGACUGUCUCGGCAGCGAAUAAAAUCAGUGGCAAAGGCUUCCGCUCCGUGCACGAAAACUUUCACUUUCCCAUGGACAUACAUGCCUAUCACCCGGCACGCCAACCCGACUAUCCAGACCGAUGUACUAAGGACAGACGUGGCCUACGUGGUGGCUGUUCGCAUCUAUGUCUUCCGAACAAAACCUCACGCCGCUGCGGCUGUCCCAUUGGUCUGUCCCUCAAGGAUGAUGGCAAGACCUGCAAGAGCGCACCCGAUAAGCUGGUGCUGGUCGCGCGCCACAAGGACAUACGCCUACGUCAGUUGAACAGCAAGCCCACAGGACCCAACGAGGUGGACAUGAUUGUGCCGCUGGACAAUUUGAAGCAUGCAGUUGCUUUGGACUGGUGCAGCGAAACGGACUUUAUCUAUUGGACAGAUGUCGAGCGUAGCUCCAUUAAUAAGGCUCAUUUAAAUGGCAGCUAUCAGCAGCGUGUGGUGCACUCGAAUUUAGUAUCACCUGUUGGCCUGGCGCUCGACUGGAUUACGGACAAAUUGUACUGGACAGAUCCAUCUACAAACCGCAUUGAAGUGGCCACAACAAAUGGCAAAAUGCGCACGCUGCUCGUUUGGGAGAAAUUGGAUAAACCACGCGACAUAGUUGUGAAUCCCAUUGAGGGCUUGAUGUUCUGGUCGGACUGGGGACAAGAGGCUUUGAUAGAACGUGCCAACAUGGAUGGCCAAAGCCGCGUCAUCAUUGCCUCCAAGAAACUCAUCUGGCCCAAUGGCCUGGCCAUUGAUUAUGAUCAGUCGAAACUGUACUUUGUGGAUGGCGGCACCAAGACGCUGGAGAAUAUGAACUUUGAUGGCAGCAAUCGCAAAGUUAUCAUCAGUGGACUUGGUCAUCCGUUUGGGCUGGAUGUAAGCGGCGGCCGUGUAUUCUGGACCGACUGGGACAAUCGCUCCGCCAUGAGCGCGGAUAAGCUGACGGGCAAGAAUGUGGCGACCGUAAUAGCCAACAGCAGUGAUCUCAUGGACAUACGCGUCUUUCAUCGCCAGCGCAGGCGCGUCUACAAUGCCUGCGAUAAGUUCAAUGGCGGCUGCUCCCAUCUGUGUCUGCUCAAUCCCACCAGCUUCACCUGCGCCUGUGCAGUGGGCGUGCAGCUGAAGGACGAUCGUCGCACCUGCUCCGAAGGACCCAGCAAGUAUAUUAUAUUUGCGCAUCGUAUUGACAUACGCCAAAUCUCGCUGGACUUUGAUCAUCUGAUUGAUGUGGUGCUGCCAUUGCCGCCAAUUUCCAAUGCUGUUGCCUUGGAUGUGGAUCAGCAGACGGGCUAUAUCUAUUGGUCGGACACCAUCGAGAAUGUCAUAAUGAGCUCCAGUCCGGAUGGUCUGCAUGUGAACAAGGUCAUUGGCGAGAGUCUGGAGAAUCCCGAUGGCUUGGUGGUGGACUCUAUAGGGCGCUCGCUCUAUUGGGCCGAUGCGGGCAGACACACCAUCGAAGUGGCCGAUCUGCAGGGCAAUAAUCGACAUGUGAUUGCCUACAAGGAUCUGGAAUCGCCGCGCGGCUUGGCGCUGGACUAUGAAGCGGGUCUGCUCUUCUGGACCGAUUGGGGUCAUUAUCGCAAAAUUGAGCGCUCCCAUUUGGACGGCAACGAACGGUCACGCAUUGUUACCGCCAGCUUGGGCUGGCCCAAUGGUCUAGUGCUGGACUUGAAGGCUAAGCGCAUCUACUGGGUGGACGCACGCCUGAAGACCAUUGAUUCCUGCGACUACACUGGCAAUCAGCGCAACCUAAUCCUCUCCUCACUGCAGCAUCCUUAUGCGCUGGCGCUCACCGAGCAAAACAUCUACUGGACCGAUUGGAAGUCGAAGGCCUUGCACAGCGCCGAGCGACGCAAUACGAGCUCCAAGCGCAAUGUCAUGACCAACAUUGAUGGCCUUAUGGACAUCAAGGUGAUCACCAAGCGUCGCGUGCAAAACGAAAACGUCUGUGGCCGCAACAAUGGUGGCUGCUCCCAUCUCUGUCUGCGCAAUCCCACGGGCUACAGCUGUCAAUGUCCCAUUGGUCUGAAGCUGCGCGAGAACAGCACCACCGAAUGUCAAUCUCUACCAGAGGACUAUUUACUGAUUGCGCUGCGCUCGGGCAUUGGCAUGAUCUCAUUGAACAGCGGCGACUUCAUGGAUGUGGUGCUGCCCAUUGCCGGAGUACACGGCGCUGUUGUGCUCGACUAUCACUAUCGCAAGAAUCUUUUAUACUUUGCUGAUGUGAAUCUCGAUGUCAUACGCCGCGUUAAUUUGCUCAACUUUACGGACAGCAAAGUCAUAGUGAGCACGGAUCUGUUGACACCCAAUGGCAUUGCUGUGGAUUGGGUUGCCGAUAACAUCUACUGGUCGGAUACGGAUCGCAAGCUGAUCGAAGUGGCACGCACGGACGGCACUUGCCGCAAAAAGUUGAUUACCGAAGACUUAGGAGAUCCUCGCUCAAUUAUUGUGCAUCCAGCCAAGGCUUACCUCUUUUGGUCGGACUGGAGCACACCCUCGAAGAUCGAACGCAGUUUAUUAGAUGGCAGCAAUCGCACAGCCAUUGUCACCUCCGGCAUUGGCUUUCCCACUGGACUAACCAUCGAUUUUACCAAUCGGCGACUGCUUUGGGCAGACGCCCUGGAGGACAACAUAGGUCAGGUGGAUUUUAGCGGCAAGCGGCGUCUUACGCUGGUGCCCUAUGCUCCACAUCCCUUCGGCCUGACAAUGUUUGAGAACAACAUCUACUGGACGGAUUGGUACAACAAGUCGGUUUAUCGCUCGCAGCGCACGCCGCGUGUGGGUUACGGUUAUCCAUUCGAGGUGCGGGAUGCGCUUAGUGGCGCGCUGGACAUUCGCUCUGUAUCGGCCUCACGUCAAGCCAAGAGCUGGAACCAAUGCGCGCAGGAUAAUGGCGGCUGCUCCCAUUUAUGUUUCUAUCGUGGCUCGGACUACGUUUGCGCUUGUCCAGAUCGCGCCGAGAAGAACGGUGGUGCCUGCUAUGCGAGACCUAAAGUCUAUGUGAUGGCUCGACCGGACAACGAUCUGCCGGAGUACUCUGAUGAGCUAACCGAUGAUCCCAGCGCGAGCGAUAAUCCAGACAGCGGCGGUGCCUAUGACGAUGAUCUCAAGAUGAAGGAGGACAACCAGCGGGAAUUCUUUGUGCUCGUCGCUCUCGGCGUCGUCCUGGUCAUGGUCGUCAUCAUAGUGCUUGUCAUAUUCAUGCUCGCUGUGAAUACGAAUCGCAAAAAGUCGAAACGCAAUUCACGUGGCUCCAGUCGAUCCGUACUGACCUUUUCCAAUCCCAACUACAAUGUUGAUGGCACACCGAUGGAGCCCAAGACGAACAUAUGGAAGCGUUUUAAAUAUGACAAAUCGCACGUAGGAGCGCGCCGGAGUGUACGAGGAGCGAAGUCUAACCACGGAGACCGCUUCGUCCAGCCUGUUUGUGCCAACGCCCUCUCCGAUGGCAUCGCCCUCAACGAAAACUAUUCAACUAACAACGUUAUCGACUAUAACAUAAAUGCAGAAACCGUUACAUAAGCGUCGCGCACACACACACAAACAAAAAUGAAGUAACUUCAUACACACACACAGACACACACACACAAAUUCAGAUAAAUAUUUUACUACGUAAUGCCCUAAAAAUAUGAAUUUUGCUACAAGAGAAAAUCAGUUGAUGAUUAGAUAUUGAUAAGGCUAAAGACUAUGUUGAUUAAGCGCAUGUUGAAGUUGAUGUUGAAAUUGAAAUUGAAGCUGAAGUUGAAGUUGACGUUGAAAGUUGAUGUUGAUAAUGUAUGUAUGUAUGUGUAUAGAUUACUAAAGCUGUUGCCUACAGCCAUUUUGUCGGUCGGGAUCUGGCAAAUGAAGUUGGGGUCUCGGCUUCAGCUUCUUGUUGAUAAUUUGCUGGUCCCCCGUCUUGUUUGAUGGCUGGGCAAUUGCAUUAGCUGGAUUGAAACAGAGACGUGGUUAUUAUUAUGUGUAAUGGAUUUGCGUAAACUUAAUGUCAACCAUUUUAGCCGUUAUAAUACUUGCCCCAGCCCCUUGAAAAAAAAACCAAAGACAAGCUAAAGAACAAUUCCAAAAUUCUCCUUUUGGAAAAAGAGGUAAAGUGCCUAAAACUUUCACUGCUUUACAUACAUAUACAUAUGUAUUCACUAAGUUCUAAACUAUAAAAAAACAAAACAAAAACAAUCUUAUCAAACCAAAUACAACGAACAUUAAUUGCAAGUUUUAAAACAAAUUCUGACUAAAGCCGUCCUAUUCGGUGAUAGCAUUGACUACAUACAUCAAAAACAACAACAACAAAUACUAAAUAGCAACAAAUUACCAAUACAUACAAGCAUAUACUGUUCUAUUCUUCGCCUUAAGCUCUCGACGACACACUGUUGUCGUCACGCUCUAAUCAAUGAACUUGGUAUAUGUGUAUGUAUAUAACUUAUUCGCUCUUGUGCAAGCUCAGCCAUAGUUCCUACAACAUAAAUUGAGCAUCCGAAAAGUUGUGCAUGUUAAGCAUUUCAAUUUUGAAAAAUGUCAUUAGCAUUUCAUUGAAAUUUCUCAUGCUAAGUAGCUGGCACUGAAACACACACACACCCCCACACACACACACAAACACUGCAGGUAUUAUCUCGAGCUAUAAAUCGUUGUAUCUUUAAUUGUAAUAUAGUUAUAAAAUUCAUUUAGUUAGUGUGACUGCGAAGGCUUUGCAGACAAGAAAUCGCAAAUGUUUGUAUGCAAUGCUCUCAAAGUCUGAUUUUAUUUCUUCUGCUGCGCAAGAAAUAAAGCGUAAUAUUUUGAAUUCACCAUUUAAAACCGUUAACCACUGAGUGUUGGAACCGAUAGAGAAACUAGUACAAAAUGUUGCAUGAACGAACAUAAACUCUGAUAAUAGUCAGUGUUGCCUUUUGGGUUGUUGCAUGCGAAUGAAUGAAAGAAACGAGAAAUGGUAAUCAAAAAAGCUAUAACUGAGUUGCAGAUCGCCGAUCAACGCUUUGUUGUUUAUCAGGCGGGGUCAAACCCACUCUCCAAGAAUUUUUCUAAAAACCGAAAGACGAAUUAUACAUUUAAAAUGAAAUGAAACAUUUUGCAUAAUGUACAAAUGGCCUGUUAUAGCUUUUAAAUCAAGUUCAGGUAUACAAAAAAAACAAAUGAAUCCUUUUUAAUUUUGGCUCUAAGCUACUCCAUCCCCCCGCCUGCCAGAGAACUGUUUAAAUUGGCAGCACUGAAUCCUCAAGCAGCAAAAAGGAAUAAAACAAAAAAUUAAAAUUCAACUGAAAAACAAAAAAAUGGUAAAACGAAAGCAACUAAAAUCGAAGAACAAAAUACACUAUAACAAAGAAAACUGGGUUUUAAUAUUAUUCCAUAUUUUUGACAUAUGGAACUUUUCAAUAUAACAAAACAAAAAAAAUAACUAGCAAUUGGGAUUUUAAUCAAAAUCAGCGAAUGUGGAAUUGAAGGGUGUUUCGGAAAUCAAAAUAACAAAAGCAAAAUACAAAUAUCUACAAACUACAAAUACAAAAAUACUUUUCGAUUUGCACAGCUUUGAUUGUUAGUCUUAGUAAUUAAUCGGUUAUAUAACUUACGUAUGCGUAAUAUGUAUGUACAUAAUAUAAAAAAAAAAACAAAAAAAGCA